AUGACCGUCCAGGCGAGGAGGCACUCCGCAGCAUACAAGUCCCCAUCACCCUAUAAUUCACGCGAUACCGACAUCGAAAAACAACCCACGACCGGGCGACACGCAUAUCACCACCACCUGAGCGAUCACCCCGAUUCCGACGAGUCGCUGGACGAUAACAAUGUCGCAGACUCCUAUCCGCCGCCCGUCGUAGCUGGCGGCAGUCUUCGCCGCCCCCAAGCUAGUGUCGGCUUUCGCGUGCCCCAGCGGAUCAUGCGCUGGCUCUGCUUCGCUCUUUUCGCGGCGCUCGUCCUCUUCAUCCUUACCCUCUUCCGCUUUACCAUCUCCACCUCCGGUAAACAAGUCUCCGUCGACCUGCCCAAGGUCGGCACCCCAAAGCCGCCACUAUGGGAGAGCUUCCCGUUCCUCAAUCGCUACGAGGGCGGUAUCUCUUCCUUGGUACCCCGCUCUGAAAAUGUCCCCGAGUACCCCGGCGAUGGCUCCGACGACCUGGGGUUGCGGACGGACCAGAGCGACGGAAAAAACGAGCAGGAGCAGGAGCAGGACGCAAACACGGUGAUUAAGAGGGAUGUGGCCCCGAAUAUGUUGAGCAAUGUGUUCAACCCUUAUCCUGACUACCAGUCGCCGGAAUACAUGGAGCAAUAUGGCGAGACGCGCGAGUGCUUCCUUAACGCAGAAAACUCGUUGCGGGUUCCGCCUAUCCAAAGCUACCCCGGAGUCCCAAAGGGCUUCCCGGACCCAGCGCUAGGCUCGAAUACGAUGUUGGGUAUUCGGGACGACAUGUGCUUUGAUCGAUUUGGCCGAUUGGGCCCAUACGGGCUUGGAUACGGGGUCAAGAAAGGCGGUAUCGGCGCGGGCAUGGAGGGACAUCGUGAGGGUGCUGAACGUAUAUGGGAGGAUAUCCCGCCAGUGGACUUUCGACAGGUGGAUUGGGCUGCUGCGCAACACCGCUGUCACGCGGCCAACCGCCAUCGCUUCAAUGAGCCGCCGGAGCCUCGUUUCAACCGCUUUGUUUCCAUGUCUGUAGGGAUUCCCAGGGUAAAGAGCCUGCCACCUACAGAGGACAACGGCAUUGAACCGCCUCGGGUUGGACUUGAGCGUCUGCCGCGCACUGCAGUGGUUAUCCGCACAUGGCACGACUUCCACUAUACCCCGGAGGACAUUAUGUAUAUGCGCUCUAUCAUCUCAGAGCUCUCGCUACUCUCCGGUGGCGAGUAUACCAUUCACUUCUUGGUUCACGUCAAGGACACCAACUUGCAGAUUUGGUCAGAUGACGAGACAUACCAGCGUGUGCUUGACAAAGCGCUGCCAGAGGAGUUCCGCGGCAUGGGAACCCUCUGGUCCGAGCCGCAGAUGGCCCUGAUGUAUCCCGGAUUGGAGGAGACCAUGACUCGCGGGUUGCCCAUCCACGGUGUCUACCGCAGCACGCACAUGCCCUUGCAGUACUUCGCUUUCCAGCAUCCUGAGUAUGAUUACUUCUGGAACUGGGAGAUGGAUGCGCGUUACACGGGCCACUGGUACCACCUGUUCGACAAGGUCGGCGCGUGGGCGAAAAAGCAGCCACGAAAGGGUCUCUGGGAGCGUAAUGCUCGCUUCUAUGUUCCGUCCGUCCACGGCUCGUGGGAAGAUUUCCGACAGAUGGUCCGCGUGCAGACAGAGAGCGGCACCAACUCCGCCAACAACAUGUGGAGCGCCCCCAACAGCGCGACAGGCAACCCGCGGAAUGCCAUGCACCAACAGGGCGACAAGUCUAUCUGGGGUCCCGAGCGCCCCGACGAACGGGAUAUUUUCGAGGUGGAGGGUGAGGGCAUCCCACCCACCAGCAUGGAUAAGGACCAGUACCAAUGGGGCGUAGGGGAGGAUGCGGACCUCAUCGUCUUCAAUCCGCUCUACGACCCCGAGGGGACGACCUGGUUGCUGCGCGACGAUGUGACCGGUUACAACAAGGAGAAGGGCAUGCCCCCACGGCGUACCGCAAUCAUCACCGCGUCACGAAUCUCCCGCAAACUGCUCAUCACCAUGCACCGCGAAUGCAGUCUGAUGCGCCACAGUAUGUUCUCGGAGAUGUGGCCCGCGACCACUGCGCUGCACCACGGCUUCAAGGCCGUCUUCGUCCCGCACGCCGUCUACUUUGACCGUCGCUGGCCCACUCGCCACCUGGAAUCAGUUUUCAAUGCCGGUCGCAACGGAGCCUCGGGAGGCGCUCGCACGUCUGUCUUCGGCGAUCGUGAACACAACUUCCGUGGUACGACCUGGUUCUACUCGGCAGGGUUCUCGCCGAACAUCUGGCGCCGCUGGCUUGGUCUUCGCGUCGACAAUGACGGCGGUGAGCAGCAGGAGCUGGCUGGCGAGGGCCGCAUGUGUCUUCCUCCUAUGCUGUUGCAUCCUGUCAAAGAAGUCAAUAUGGUCAUUGACGUCGGAGAGAAAGCAGAGGACCGCUGA